AUGGAGUUUACCAGAUCUCUGGUUACGAGUAAAAAAGUCGUUACUUCGAUAAAACCGCCCCAAGUGCAAAGCAGCGAUGAAAAAAACGAAGAAUACGACGAAGAAGAAAAUGAAAAUAAUGAAUCCGAUGAUAAAAGCGAAGAAAAUUCUUCGGUUAAAAAAGAAAGUGAAAAUGAAGAAGAAGAAGAAGAGGAGGAAAACAGAAAAAAUGAAGAGGAAAAACAAAUUCCGGUUUUAUUCUCGUCUAGUACCACGGAAAAAAAUGAUGAUGGAUUUGAUUUGGUAGAAACAACGACAGAAAUAAUAAACGAAACCCCGAAUGUUUCAUUAGAAGAAAAUUCAAUUGAAAAUAGAAAAACGGAUGACGAAGAAGACGAAGAAGAAAAUAAAAGUGAUAAUUUUUCAAAUUACGAUUCGGAAAAUGAAACAUCCGAAGACGUCACAAGUGACACCGAAAGUCAAAAAAGUAUAAAAAAAGAUUUGUCGUUGAGCGAAAAAACUUUUUCCAAAACAACCGAAUCCAUUUUGGAAGGAAUCACAUCUGCGAAAAGCAAUACCUGGGAUUAUAAAACGACCGUGACACCAGAAAACACAUUCGUGACAACGAUAUCAGAAAAUUUUAUUGAAAAAUUUGACACAGAGUCACCGUCUAAAAAUUUUUCAUCGCAAACGGAACAAACGCAUUCUUACAAAAAACAAGAAACCGUCCAUUCAUUAUACGAAAACAACAACAACUCGUUAUCGAUAACAAGCAAAGAAUCGGUCAACAGUUUAGAAACCGUCGAAUCUUCCUCUGAAAUCAAUCAACAAUCGAAAAAUGAAAUAAAUGAAAAAGUAACCGUCGAAGUGAAACCUGUUCAACAUGUGAAUUACACGGUGAAUAUUGUCGAACGGUUAGGCAACGCUGGAGAAAAUGGUACGAUGCCUUUUUUCAGAAAGAGAUUCGGGUUGAGAAACGGUUUCAGAAGGAGGAAUCGGUUCAGAAACAAACAAAAAUUAGACAAGACUUCAAAUGGUGAUUCGAACCUUCAAAACAACGUGACGGUACAAGAAAUCGAAAAAAAUUAUCCGGCGGUUAAAAUCGAAACAAACACUUUAACCGAAAUACAGACAUCGAAUCAAAUAAUCCCCCAAGAAACCAUGAAUGUCACACAUUCGGAUCCGGAACACAAAACAUUGGAAAAUCGAACCGUUUAUUCUUACACUUGGAACAGAACAGAAAAUUCUAGUAACGAAUCAGACGAAGAUUUAACCGUUAAAAACGUUUAUUACAUAAAUAACGAUACGGAGAGUUAUGAUAACGUUUGGAAUUGGAAUUUUACAAGCAACAACGCCAACGAAAUAAAAGAAUUAAGAAUAUUGGAAGAAAGAAGACGAACGGAAGCGGAAACCGAAUAUAAAAGAAUACAAAAUGAACUUUUACUUUUGCAAGAAAGACGAAGAUUGCAAGUCGAAUCCGAAGAUCGUAUCGUGGAAAUAGAAAACAGAUUAUUAGAAGAACGAAGGAGAGCCGAAAUACGUUUGGAAGAAGUCCGAAGACGUGAAGAUAAGCUAAGAAUUUUGGAAGAGCGUCGGAGAGCCGAAAUAGAAGUUGAAGAAGCGAGGAAAAAAGAAAACGAAUUGAGAAUUUUGGAAGAAAGAAGGAGGAUAGAAGCGGAAGAAGAAGAAAUCCGGCGAAAAAAUUUAGAAUUGAGACUUUUGGAAGAACGUCGAAGAGCUGAAGCCGCAGUUGAAGAAGCGAAAAGAAAAGAAGCAGAACUUAGAAUAUUGGAAGAAAGAAGAAGAAUCGAUUUUGAAAUUGAAGAAACGAGGCGAAAAGAAAACGAACAAAGACUUUUAGAAGAAAGGAAAAGAAUCGAAGCGGAAGAAGAAGAGAGAAGGCAAACGGAAAUUCGAAUAAGAGAAGAACAAUUGAGAAUUAUCGAAGAAUCUCGUAAAAAACAAGCUCAAGAAGAAGAAGAAGCUCUAAGAAAAGCAACCGAAUCGCGAUUUUCCGAAGAAAGAAGAAGGUUAGAAAUAGAAAAUGAAAAUCGUAGAAGAGAAAACGAACUCAGACUUUUGGAAGAACGAAGACGAAUAGAAUUAGAAAGUGAAAAUCGGAGAAGGGAAAACGAACUUAGACUUUUGGAAGAACGGAGACGAAUUGAAGAACAAGAAAAAAUCGCGAGAGAAGAAGCGGAAUUAAGACUUCGCGAAGAAAGACGACGACUCGAAGCCAUUAACGAAAGCAUCAUUCAAGAAAAAAGACUUUUAGAAGAAGAAGAAGAAAGAAAAAGAAAAGAAUACAGGUUAAAACAAGAAGAAGAAGAAAGAAGACUCGCUCAAGAAAUUGAAGAAACGCAAAAAAGAGAACACGAAUUGAGACUUUUAGAAGAGAAACGUCGUCUUUUAGAAGAAGAAAGUAAAAAAAAUUUAGAAAUGGAAAACGUUAGCAUAAAUAAAAAGAAUAAAAACGGAAACGAAACAAAAAUUGAAAAGAAAACAGCGGAAGAUGAUAAAAUAACAAAAGAAAAGAAAAAACAAACGAAUAAAAUGGAUAAAACGAAAAGUAAAAAACUUCCAGACGCCAACAUAAGAUUCGAAAUCGGGACAACGGAUGAACUUGGAGCUAUAAAUGGUUCGGCUGGACUCCAGGAAUCUGAAAGAGGAAAAUUUGGAGAAGAUAAUCGAAAACUCGAUGAACGAGUUGGUUCGACUCUCGAUUACGAGGAUUACAACGUGAUUUACGGUGAAAGUGGCAGAAGACCGAUAGAAGGAGAAGAAGAACUCGGAGAUCCCUGCGGUGAUUACAAACCUGGAGAAGAUGAUUUACAAGCUUAUGAUUUUAUAAGAAAAUUUAAAUUAGAUUUACUGGAAACUAAAUAUCCUGGAGUUAGCAGAGUUCGAGGAUCGAAUAAAAUGCAAACGGCUUACAGAUUAGAAAAAGAAGCAGAUUUGAAACUUUCUACAAGGACGAUAUUUCCAUUAGGUUUACCAAAUCAAUUCUCAUUUAUAACAACGUUCAGAACGAAAAAAUUAGCAAAAAGUCCCUGGAAUAUAAUAAGAUUAACGGAUGUACAAAAUCGUCCGCAAUUUAUGGUCACGUUAAAUCCGAGAAGGGAAACGGUUGAAUUUUCAAUGACUAAUUACGAAGGACUUUUGGAAACUGUUGCCCUUCAAAAAUCCGAGAUAUUUGAUAAAAAUUGGCACAAGCUUCAUAUUUCACUCAACAGACAACAAUUGACCAUGUACCUAGAUUGCGAAGAAUCAAGUACCGAACUUCUUGAACCCAGAGGUGCCAUUGACAUGAACGGUGAUAUAUCAAUAUCGAAAGUUAUGAACAGUCAACAAACGUUUCCGAUUGAUUUGCAAUGGAUGGUAUUAAGUUGUGAUCCAACAAGACCGGAAAGAGAAAAUUGUGACGAACUACCGACUAGAAAAGACUUUAAACAAUUGGUUGGAAAUUGCGAACAAGUUUGUCCACCUGGACCAAGAGGAUUUAACGGCACAAGAGGACCUCCAGGUCCGAUUGGACCGAUCGGACCUAUCGGCGAACCUGGUUUUCCCGGAUUCCCCGGUAAAGAAGGACCACCAGGAAAAGUGGGAUCUCCAGGACCUAGAGGAUUACAGGGUCCUCCAGGUUUAGAUGGAAUGCCUGGACCUCCGGGACCACAAGGACCUAUCGGGCCUCCAGGUCCUCCUCCAGACAUGAGUAUUUUAGCAGAAAGCAGGUUGCUUCCACAAGGUGAAAAGGGAGAAAAAGGAGAGCAGGGACCACCGGGACCACCAGGACGAACCUUUGGAGUCGGAACACGUUUAGGGUUGGAAAGUACAGAGAGUAGAAUUGGGGUUCCAGGGCAAAAAGGAGAAAAAGGUGAACGCGGUUAUGAUGGACAACCUGGUACCGAAGGACCGACAGGACCUGCUGGUUCCCCCGGUUUUCCAGGAGAAGCAGGACCACCAGGGCCGAUUGGUUUGACUGGUCCUCAGGGACCAAGAGGAGAACCCGGACCGCCCGGUCUUAGUUUCACAGGAUUAGGAGAUGGACAACCGGGAAUACCUGGCGCGCCAGGUGAAAAAGGAGAAAAGGGAGAACCUGGAAUAUCUCUUCCAGGACUUCCAGGGCCACCAGGAAGCGAAGGUUUGCAAGGAUUCGAGGGAGAAAAGGGAUUACCAGGGCAAAAAGGAGAACCUGGUGAGAGAGGACCGGAAGGCCCAGCAGGUCUACCAGGAAGACCAGGAAAUAAUGGAUUAUAUGGAGCUCCAGGACCUAAAGGAGAUAGAGGAGAACCAGGUUUACCCGGAUCGGAUGGAAAAAGAGGGCCCACUGGUCUUACAGGUCCACCUGGAGCGGUUGGAUCUCCAGGUUUACCAGGAUUUAUCGGUCCUCCAGGACCCCCAGGUCCACCCGGUCCUCCCGGACAACCAGGACUUCCCGGAGAAACAACAUCUACGAAUCCUGGGUACACGAUCAUAGACGGCAACGGUGCGCCCGGAGUAGCAGGACCAAGAGGUCCUCCUGGAAUGCCAGGAACGCCAGGUGAAAGAGGAGCAGCGGGAGAAAGAGGACCUGAAGGAAUAGCUGGUGUGCCAGGGAUACCCGGUAAAGAAGGGCCUCCCGGAUUGACCGGACCACCAGGACCUAGAGGACAACCAGGUAUGCCAGGGCCUCAAGGAGCACCGGGAAGAAGUUUCAGUGAAGCAGAAGUCAGAGAAAUUUGUGCAAGUGUACUAAGAGACCAAUUGACAGAAUUGACAGCUACCCUUCAAGGACCUCCUGGACCUCCAGGAAAAAGCAGGCAGGGUCGUCCGGGACCCCCAGGACCGCAAGGUCCACAAGGGGAAUCAGGAAGAGUAGGGUUACCAGGAGAAAGAGGAUUCCCAGGAUUACCUGGUCAUCCAGGACCUCCUGGUCAACCAGGACCUCAAGGAGAAAGAGGUGACAAAGGAGAUAGAGGACCUGAAGGAAUCGGAACAGAUGGUCCUAUGGGUCUUAGAGGCCCACCAGGACCACCGGGAAACGAUGGUGUUGGUGUACCAGGAAGACAAGGAGACAGAGGAGAACCUGGAAGACCUGGAAAACCAGGAGCUGUAGGACCACCUGGUCCAACAGGAGCCUGCGAUUGCAAUGGAGUAGGAAAUUAUGUCCAAAUGAUAGCAGCUGCUAAUGCUCAGAGAGCUCAGGGCAACAGAAAAGGACCACCUGGAACUUCAAAUUAA